AUGACAAGUACUCAGAAUGACCAGACUAAGGCAAACCUACAGCGAGAGAUAGUCAAAAAGCAUUUACAUCUUCAGGACGAAGAAAGUAUUAGAUUGACUUUGGAUUUUCUUGCAGAAUUACACAGGAAAUCACCCUCAUCAUUCCAGGGAUUCGAUGAGUUAGUCAAGCACAAUGGGGGCGAGGACUUUGAUACAGCCUUUUUGAGAGAAAUCUACAACUCUCUCAAUUCGAGCUCAUCAGAGAGUGCAAAGACCGACGCUGCUAUUGCUGCUACAGAUACGCUUCUCGGUAAUGUGUUCGAAGGUAGAGUCAUCUCCAUUCGUCCCUAUGGAGCGUUCAUCAGAUUCAACAACACCUCUGGACUUUGCCACAUUUCUCAAGUAUCCUAUGACGGAUCUAGAAUAGCGCAGAUAGAUCUACAGCCAAAUCAGAAAGUGUUUGUUAAGGUAAUCAAUGAAGGGCGCGAUAAUAAGGGGAAAAUAUCGCUUUCCAUGAGGGGAAUUAACCAGAAAUCUGGGGUUGAUGAGUCACAGGAAAGAAGUAAAUCUAAUAGAACCUGUGAGAAGAGAGUAACAAGACCGGAAACUCAUUCGACUAUUUCCUCAGAUAAAAUACACCAUGAACCGGAAAUUGAGACCGAGAUUGAACUAAAUGAUGCCAGGCCAUCUUUUUUGAGAAACCAAGAGUAUGCGGAAACAAACCCCUCAAUAAACACAAUUUUGAGCAUGGAAGGUGCAAUGAGUAAAGCCGCCGAAAAUGGAUCUGAUUUUGCGAGAAAAUUUAGAGAGGAAAAGCUUCAAAAGGAAAAGGAAAAGAAUAAAGCUAGCCACCAACGAAUAGAUCCCCUUGCAGAAAAGGACAAGACUGAAAAGGUGAUAUCAGAGUGGAAAGCAUCUCACAAACUCAGCUCCUUUCAAAACCCUACGAAGCGUUCCAUUGAAGAGCAGAAAAAGUCACUUCCGGUGUACGACAUGCGAGGCGAUCUUAUUCAACUGAUUAGAGAUAACCAGUUUAUUGUCAUCGUUGGUGAAACCGGUUCAGGAAAAACUACUCAAAUAGUGCAGUACAUUUACGAAGAGGGAUUAAAUGUAAUCAAUGGAGAAUCAAAAAUAAUCGGCUGUACACAGCCAAGGCGUGUGGCAGCCACAUCAGUAGCUAAAAGAGUGUCCGAAGAGGUAGGUUGUGAUCUUGGCGAUGAAGUAGGAUACAAUGUUCGAUUCGAUGAUAAAACUACACUCAAGACAAAGAUAAAAUACAUGACUGAUGGUAUGUUGGAAAGGGAGGCUCUUACGGAUCCAGAAAUGAGCAAGUAUGCGGUGAUAAUGUUGGACGAGGCACAUGAGAGGACAAUUGCCACCGAUGUACUAUUUGCUUUGUUAAAAAAGGCAGCACUUACAAAUCCGAAUUUGAAGAUAAUUGUCACUUCAGCUACUUUGGAUUCUGAUAAGUUUUCCGUGUUUUUCAAUGAGUGUCCAAUUUUGAACAUUCCUGGUAGAACUUACCCCGUGGAGGUGCUAUACACAAAAGAGCCAGAGAUGGAUUACUUAUCAGCGGCUUUGGAUACAGUUAUGCAAAUACACAUUUCGGAACCUAGUGGAGAUAUAUUGGUGUUUUUGACUGGACAGGAGGAGAUUGACACUAGUUGCGAAGUACUUGCCGAACGAGUGAAGGUGUUGGGAGAUGUAGCCUCUGAGCUUAUUAUCUUACCUGUCUACUCAGCAUUACCAGCCGAAAUGCAAACCAAGAUAUUUGAGCCCACGCCGCCAGGAUCGCGGAAGGUAAUUUUGGCAACAAACAUCGCCGAGACAUCAAUUACAAUCGAUGGUAUAUACUACGUCGUUGACCCAGGAUACGUCAAAUUGAAUGCUUAUGAUUCUAAACUGGGAAUGGACACACUAAAGAUAUCUCCCAUUAGCAAAGCUCAAGCCAAUCAACGAAGCGGAAGAGCCGGUAGAACUGGACCAGGAAAAUGUUACCGCUUGUACACUGAGCAGUCGUAUACCAAUGAAAUGCUUCCAAAUACAAUACCCGAAAUACAGAGACAAAACUUGUCGCAUACAAUCCUAAUGUUGAAGGCAAUUGGUAUCAAAGAUGUUAUCCAGUUUGAGUUUAUGGACCCUCCUUCAAAAAAUUCAAUGAUGACUUCGUUGGAAGAUCUUUACAUGUUGGAAGCGUUGGAUGAUGAUGGAGAACUAACUCCUCUAGGACGGAAAAUGGCUGAUUUUCCCAUGGAGCCUGCACUUGCGAAAACACUCAUCAAGUCGGUUGAUUUAAACUGUACAGAAGAGAUUUUAACCAUUGUUGCUAUGCUCUCUGUGCAAACCAUUUUCCAUCGACCGAAGGAUAGGCAAAAUCUUGCUGAUCAGCGUAAGGCAAGAUUCCACUCUACCAAGGGUGACCACUUGACCUUGCUUAAUGUAUAUAACCGUUGGUGUGCAAGUAAGUACAAUAAAGAUUGGUGUCGAGAUAAUUUCAUACAGGAGAGGAGUAUGCGACACGCUAAGGAAGUUCGGAAGCAACUUCAAACAAUAAUGACAAAACACAAGUAUUCAGUGAACUCAUGUGGCCCUGAUCUAGAUGCAGUUAGGAAAACUUUAUGCUGCGGUUACUUUAAAAACGUAGCUAAACGUGACUCCGGCGAGGGCUAUAAAACUUUAUCAAAGAACGAAACGGUUUAUCUACAUCCGUCUUCAAGUCAGUUUGGAAAGAAUCCUGAAUAUUUAUUGUACCAUGCAAUUGUUAUGACCUCGCGUGAAUACAUGCAUCAUGUCACCGUCAUUGAUCCCGAAUGGCUUUGUGAAUUUGCUCCAAAGUAUUUUAAACUAGCUGAUCCUCACAGUCAAGCCAGAAAGAAGCAAAAGAUUGUACCAUUAGAAUCGUUUGGAAAUCGUAACCAAAAGAAACCAUUGGGAUGGUGGCCAGGUCAGAAAAAAUAA